AUGGCCGAGACGGAGAGCACCACGCCGGACACUGGUCCACCACUUCCGUUGGUUGAGCUGUGCCUGCGGAGCGUCGAGGGGCUGGUGCUGCACCGCCCCCAGGAGCUGCCGGCGGUGGCGGCCUGUUUGGGCGUGCUGCCGCGCAGCUCCGUGUCGCAGUUCGUCGAGUCUCUUCUGCUCAAGAGCAUGACCGGCCUCUACCCCCUUCCCCGGUUCGAGAGCUUCUUCUGGAAGUGGGGCAACCUCCGAGGCCGCGUGUGCGCCGAAGGCUGCCCGUCCAAGGUCCCCGUUCCCUUUCGAAUGCGGGAUCAGGUGGCCCAAAAGCUCAUGAAGCGAAAGCGAGGGACUUCGAUCGGGCCAGACUUGGCGUGGUGCGAGCGUGACGACCUCACCCGCUGCUUCAACUGCGGUUGCACCAUAUGGGACAUGGGCGAGUACAGGAAGGGGAUGACCAACGACGAGGUUGAUGAUGUUGAAAGUGGCGCCUUUGGCAACUUCAACUUCCUCUUCAUCCACUACCUCUUGCUCUGCCUGCGCCCGAGACUGCCCCGAGUGUGGUCGGCAUACGUGCAAGCGCUGUCGUGUGCCCUGCUCGUCCUGUGGCAAGAAGCGCGUCUGCGGGCUCUGCCUUCGACCUCGGCGCUGGCCGACGAGGUGGGCCUGUGCUGGGAUUGCCAGGACCAAGACAGGGCCUGA